UUGGUCUAUAUUUUCUACACUCCUCCAUUAGUUACUCCACUACUUUCUCAUACCUCAAAAUUAAACAAAAACACUAAACAAUACACUUGUACAAGAACACUUUUUUUUUUUUGGGCUAUUUGUAAGUUGAAACUACAAUUAAACAUCAAUAUGGAAGAGUUCCAAGGCGGAGUUUGCGGUGGCAUGUGUUGGAAUCCACCGCUUAAUUUGUUCUCCGGUGGCUUAUUAUCACCGUGCUCGGUGACGCAACUUGGUGGUGGUGGAUUUGAUAUGGGAAAUUUUGGGUGGCAAAAUGAUGUUAUAAAGGGCAAGAGUAACAACAAUAAUACAAUUUUUGAUAACUUGUUUUUCUCCGAUCAAAUGGAUCCUUCUCUUGAUAUUUUAGGCUUUGGCCUUUCACCCACUUCCUCAACUACUGAUUGGAAUCAUCAAAAUCUAAUGUGUAAUAAUGAAAAUAAUGAAGCAAACUUUGGAUCAAUCAUACAAGAAAAUGUGACUAAUUGCACUAAUCAAGAUGCAUCACCAUCCAUGGGUAUGACAGCAUCAAGCAACAGUUCAUCAGGUGAUUCAAGUACAAUCACAUGUGAAGGUGUACUACCCAACACUUUUCAGAUCAAUUCUUCAGCUUCAUACUUGAUUCAAUCUUUAUUUGAUGAUUCUGAUGAUCAAUCACAGUCAAUUUCUCAUCAUGAUCAUCAACAACAAUUUAUUAACCCAAUUACAUCAAACUUUGGUUCUUUAGAUUCAUGUAAUGAAAUUAUAUCAUCUACCAAUUCUUGGGUUAACAGUCUCCCUGAUCAUCAUGAUAAUCAUCAUCAAAAUUCUAAUCAAUACCCUAAUAUACAAUCAAUACAAAGUAAUAAGCUUGAUGAAGGAUUUAAUUCAUUGAUAAACGGUCAUGCACAAGUUUUGAAUGGGCAAUAUUCCCCUAAGACUCUUGAUAAUAUUCGAGUUAGCUUGCUCAAUUCUUUGCAAUCAAGAUCUCGUGCUAGCUUUGGGACCAAGGUGAAUAGUGAGGAACAUCGUCGUGAGUCUAAGAACAAUUCUAGUAACAAGGAUCAAUCGCCGGCCAAAAGGCCGCGAAUCGAAACUCCUUCUCCCUUACCAACAUUUAAGGUUCGAAAAGAGAAGCUAGGGGAUCGAAUAACAGCACUCCAACAACUUGUUUCUCCUUUUGGGAAGACUGAUACUGCAUCCGUUCUACACGAAGCCAUCGAGUACAUCAAGUUUCUUCAUGAUCAGGUUAAUGUUUUGAGCACUCCAUAUUUGAAAUGUGGAACUGAAAUACAACAACAGGGAUGUGAAAAAUUGAAGGAUAAUGAUGGGGAUAAUCAAGAUUUAAGAAGUAAAGGGCUAUGUCUUGUGCCUAUAUCAAGCACCUACCCAAUGACACAAGAAACCCCAAUUGAUUUUUGGACACCUACAUUUGGAGGAACAACAUUUAGGUAGCCUUGGUAUUGUAGGCCAUGCAUGGGAAUAACUUUAUACCCUUUUCAUCCACAAUUGUCCAAACCAACAAAAUACUUAAUAUCAUAUUUUCAAAGACUAAACAAAAUACUUUUAACAAAGAAAAAAAUCCUAAAAAAAUCAUUUUAUGGUGGACAGUUCUUGGAGUAAAGCAAGGGCCAUAGUGGAGGAAAAAAAAGGAAAAAAGAAAGAAAAGAAAGGACAAGUCUGGUCCACUAUUACAGGAAUUACUCCAUGAUGUAUGUAGGGCACAACCAAAAUAGUUAGGACAAGUCUGCCAAUUUUUUCUUUAAUUUUUAUGGUUUUUUUUUCUUUUUAUUUUUUAUGUUUAGUUAAAUUAGUACUUUAAUUUGUAAUAAUUAAUAGAGGGGUUAGGAGCAGGAACAAAUGCUAAAUUUAGCUGGAACCUUUAAUUAGAUUUUUUAGGGUUAGUAGAGAGAUUAUUGUUGGUAGAGAUUUGGCAGAACUUAGCAUAUUAUGUUCCUGCAUCCUUAUCUUCAUGUAUAUGUAAAAGAAAAAAUUGGGUGGAACCAAUUAAUCAGAAAUUUGGAAGUAGAAUGCAACUUUUUUAUUCCCGGUUAAGAUUAUAUAAUUUCUACAGACAAAAGGAGAUGUAAUGAAAAAUCUUUAUAUAGGUGGUGAAAAUUAAAUCUUGUCACAAAAG